AUGCCUAACUAUUCGCUGGCCGAGUCGUCCACCAACAACUACAGCCUUGCCCUCAUGUCGGACAAUGGGGACUCUUCCGACGAUGCGGAUGCCGAGCACACCGGCGACGAGGCCGAGUCCUGUCAGUACAGCUACUCAACCUUCCAUUUCAUCUUCGCCCUGGCGGCACUCUACAUGUCGAUGCUCCUGUCGGAUUGGGGCGCCAUCAAUCUGUCUGGCGCGCCGAUCUUCAUCGGCCACGAGUGGCUUGGCAUCUGGAUCCGCAUCGUCACCAGCUGGAUCGGGUAUGGCCUCUUCAGCUGGACUCUGGUUGCGCCAAUCUUCCUGCCAGACCGCUUCAGCUUUACAUGA